AUGAAGGUCUACUUCAUUGGUAUCCUACCACUCGUUCCUGGCCUCGUCCAAGCCGCUGGCUCUGCGGGCUGUGAGAAGCCGUUACCCAAGCAUCACGGUGCUGGAGGGAGUUAUCCAACAGAUUUUACCACAUCUGAUGGCACAAAGCGAUCCUAUAUCAUCCAUAUACCGUCCAGCUAUGACGUGAACCAAGCAGCACCACUCAUUUUCUCUUUUCACGGGAGGUCGAAAACCGCAGAAAACCAGGAGGCUCUCUCGCAGUUCAGCAAUGAAGAGUGGAAUCCGAAUGCGAUCGCAGUUUAUCCUCAGGGACUAGAUAAACAAUGGCAAGGGGAUCCAGCCUCUUCCGGAGUCGACGACAUCGCAUUCACCAUGGAGAUGCUCGACCACUUCGAGCAGAGAUACUGCAUCGAUUCAUCGCGCGUAUACGCCGCCGGUAAAUCGAACGGCGGAGGCUUCACGGACCUUCUCGCCUGCGACGCAACCGCCUCCCGGCGCAUUGCGGCAUUCGCCCCUGUCUCGGGAGCCUACUAUCAGGAUGUAUCCGAAGACGCCUGCGAUGCGGAAACCGUGCCCAUCGACUGCAGUCCAGGACGGAACCCUAUCCCCGUCAUCGAGUUCCACGGCACUGCCGAUAAAACGAUCCCAUACGCUGGAGGCGGGAGGCGUGGGGAAUGUCUACCCUCUGUACCACAUUUUGUCCGAGAGUGGUCAAAGAGGGAUGGCUUCGGCCUGCAGAAUAAGACGACGAACUUCUAUGAUGGCAACGUCCAGAAAUACCAGUACGGCCGUGGCAAUGCCUUGGGCACUGUGACCCAUUAUCGGAUCAAGGGGCUGGGUCAUGAUUGGCCUAGCGUCGCGCCGAACAGUGACAAUCCGGAUGGAACCUACCUCAAUGCGACACCCAUCAUCAUGGACUUCUUCGGUCGCUGGACAUUGCCGUAG